GCCGGGACCAUGUUCCCCUUUCGAUUCAUCACCCCAACACACGUCAUACCUUCAUCAGACGUGGUUGUCCAGACGAACUCUUGCGCAAUAUAGAACGGCAGAAGUUCAGUAGAAAAACGCGGCCAUGUGAUUCCCGAUAAAGCAUGCGUAAGGAACAGACCCAACAGUAUAGCCCAAAAAAUCUGGCGGCGCGGCAAAGCGUACCGACAGCGACGUCUUGCUGGGACGUUCAGAACAUUUUCAUUUUUUUCCUGGGAACACACAACUUGAAGGACACGCUGGUAAUACACUUAAAUAUUCCUAACGGAAAUACAAGCGGGAAUAAUUAUUCAAAGACGGGCUGGGCAAUCCGAAAUACAACCUGAUUGGGAUACAAAAGAAGACGGGCUACAUCAUAAUAAAAACUGAAUGAAUGGAUGAAGGAAAGGGGAAAGGAAACCGAACACUAAUAGCCGCAGUGUGUUCGUUUCAUCAACUGGAAAACAUUCCGGAAAAAGCCGAAUGAAGUGCUUUAGCCACGAAAAAGCGUUUUGUUUUAAAUGCGCGGCCGGGUUUCUGCGUAGGUUUUUUUUUUUUGUUUCUCUAUUCAAGGUGACACGGCGCUCACCUCGAAAUCGGAAAACCGUGUUGGGUUUUUUUGUUGUUGUUGAUGAUACUGAACCGACUCCUUCGUGAGCGACUACGAAUGAAGUGCCGUGUCUGAAGCUGAAAGGUGACAUAUCUGUACAAAAUGAUUGCACACCUUUCAAGAUAGCAUAGUCGACGGACAUAUUUUGACUGGAUCCCCGACCAAGUCUUUUAUUUAUUAUUUAUUUUUCAAUUUUCAUUAGUAUGCAAACUAUGCCCGUUCACUGGAUUUUACGAAGAACUAUUAUUUCCCAUCGCAAACGCUUCAAAUGACAUUCGUGGACUUGCUGACUGAAGACAAUUGAAAUGCUCAUUUUUGCAGAUCUCCAAGUUGGGAUACAUUUAGGAAUAUAACCCACUCUACCGUUUCAGAGACAGAAGCGCAAGGAUGUCUGGAGGUCUGUCGUCAGCACAAGCGCUCUACAUCGGUAUGGAGGUGGUGAUCGCCGUCUCCUCUGUGAUAGGAAACGUGAUGGUUGUCUGGGCUGUUAAAAUCAAUCGCUCGUUGAGAGACACAACUUUUUGUUUUAUCGUUUCGUUGGCCUUGGCUGACAUUGCAGUUGGGGCUCUCGUCAUUCCCUUGGCCAUAACUAUCAGCAUUGGACUGAAGACUCACUUUUAUAGUUGUUUACUCGUGGCUUGUACGGUCCUGGUACUGACGCAAAGUUCCAUCUUGGCUCUCCUGGCUAUUGCAAUUGAUCGGUACCUAAGGGUCAAGAUCCCCGUGAGCUAUAAGCGGGUGGUGACCCAGCGGCGUGCCGGGGCGGCGGUGGUCCUGUGCUGGGCCGUCUCCUUCGUGGUGGGCCUGACGCCCAUGCUGGGCUGGAACAACCUGCAGAGCCUGUGGCAGAACCGCUCACAGGACGGCGACCUGGUCAUCACCUGCCGCUUCGAGAACGUCAUCAGCAUGGACUACAUGGUCUACUUCAACUUCUUCGGCUGGGUGCUGCCGCCGCUCGUCCUCAUGGUCCUCAUCUACGCCGAGAUCUUCUACAUGAUCCACCGGCAGCUCAACAAGAAGGUGUCGGCCAGCCACACGGACCCCAGACGCUACUACGGCAAGGAGCUGAAGCUGGCCAAGUCACUGGCGCUGGUGCUCUUCCUCUUCGCCCUCAGCUGGCUUCCUCUACACAUCCUCAACUGCAUCACGCUCUUCUGCCCCGACUGCCGCAAUCCCAUGAUCCUCCUCUACGUGGCCAUCCUGCUCACGCACGGCAACUCCGCCGUCAACCCCGUCGUCUACGCCUUCCGCAUCAAGAAGUUCCGCACGGCCUUCCUGCGCAUCUGGAAGCAGUACGUGUGCUGCCGGGACACGCCCCACAGCAGGCCCCGCCCCAGCGAGCGGCUGGACAGCCUCAUCCGCCGGCACCAGCAGCAGCACGACGACGACAUCUGAGGCUGGAGGACGGACCUGGGGGGGGACCUGGGGGCGGACGCUAGGGUCCCCCCCCCCUUCUUCUGUCCCCCCAAUGACACGUUUCCAUGAUAAAACGGAGCCACCUCGAAUGUAGACCGUGACAUUGUGGUUAUUGCGGCUCUCGCUACUCUCAUUUCAUUGGCUAUGAAUUCAUGAUGUCAUGCGUGUACAUGGGAAGGACAUAUUUAAAGAGAAACUGUGUGUGUGUGUGUGUGUGUGUGUGAGAGAGUGUAUGUGUGUGUGGUCUACCUCACUUAUACAAAAAUAAAAGUAUUACAUGUAAGCUUUGACAAAAUUAGGGCUUAAAAAUGUAGGCUAAAUGUUUAGCAAUGUAGCAAUACGUCAUUUUGUGACGCCUCACUAGUCAAGUAGUGCAGUCCGUUUGUAGUGACAAGGCGAAUUCUGUUUCCUCUAUUUCCUGUGAACUCUUAAUGUGAAGUCCAAGGCCUUAAUUUUCAGCUUCAGAGUGAGAGCUGCUGGGAAAAAGCCGAUGAAGAACUGGGAGUGUGGAUUCACUGCUUAUCUUGCGUAUCUACCGACCCCC